AUGGAGCUGAAUAGCUACACUCUUUCCACAGGCUGGUCCUUCCGGGACAGGGAGACAGAAGAUUGGAUGCCCGUAUCAACAGUGCCUUCUGUCGUCCAACAGGACCUACUUGAUAACAAGAAGCUGGAAGACCCAUUUGCUGAGCUGAAUGAGGUCAAGGCACGUUGGGUCAACCAGAAGUCAUGGGUAUACCGCAACACGUUUGAAAGACCGACCGUCCCCCAACAUGCCGCGAUUGAUUUGGUCUUUGAUGGCCUGGACACAUUUGCUACCGUCAAACUGGAUAAUGAGGUAAUUCUGCAGUCCGACAAUAUGUUUCUUGGUCAUCGAGUCAAUGUCACGAAGGCAAUGCAGACAGAGGGCGAGCAUACACUGGAAAUUGAAUUCGACUGUGCCGAGCUCAAGGCUCGUGAACUGCGUAGCCAGGACUCAUCCCACAAAUGGGUAGGCUUCAACGGAGAUAUGUCGCGUCUGGCUGCCAGAAAAGCGCAAUACCAUUGGGGCUGGGACUGGGGACCAGUGCUGAUGACGGCGGGCAUUUGGCGUCCAGUGCGACUAGAAGCUUAUACCGCACGCGUGGCUGACCUGUGGCCUCAAACUAAACUCUCCGCAGAUCAGGAGACGGCUGAGGUGGUUGCCACAAUUGAAGUCGAAACACCAAGUGUUCAGGAAUUCACAGCUCGAUUCAGUCUGAGUCUGCACGGCAAUGAGAUUGCUCGCCAAGACAUUCCGGUGUCCGGUGAGAAGAAGGCCCAAGUCGCAUUUCGUGUCAAUCGUCCUGAACUUUGGUGGCCCCACGGAUAUGGAUAUCAAACCCUAUACAAAGUGUCAGUGGUGCUGCUUCACGGCGAAGAGACCGUGGAUCAAGCAUGCAAAAAAUUUGGAAUUCGAACAGCCGAAGUCAUCCAAAAGCCGGACAAACAUGGAAAAUCAUUUUUCUUUCGUAUCAACGGAAUGGAUAUUUUCUGCGGAGGCUCCUGCUGGAUACCCGCAGACAGUCUUUUAACCAACGUCACCCCAGAUCGGUACCGCAGGUGGAUCGAGCUGAUGGUGGAGGGUCGACAAGUGAUGAUCCGGGUAUGGGGUGGUGGUAUCUAUGAAGACGAUGCGUUUUACGACGCCUGUGACGAGCUAGGAGUGCUUGUAUGGCAAGACUUCAUGUUUGGGUGCGGCAACUAUCCCACAUGGCCAUCCAUACUCGAAUCUGUGCGUCAAGAAGCGAUUUAUAAUUUGCAGCGUCUACGUCACCACCCAUCCAUUGUUAUCUACGUCGGUAAUAACGAAGAUUAUCAAGUCCAAGAGUCAGUUGGCCUUACUUAUCAUUUUGAGGACAAAGAUCCGGAAAGCUGGCUUAAAACAGACUUCCCCGCACGGUACAUCUAUGAGAAGCUGCUGCCGGAGGUGACUUCGGAGCACUGCCCAGGGACGUUCUAUCACCCAGGCAGUCCGUGGGGAGAUGGUAAAAUAUCAUCGGAUCCCACAGUGGGGGAUAUGCAUCAGUGGAAUGUGUGGCAUGGGACCCAGGAGAAAUACCAAAUCUUCGAGACUUUGGGUGGCCGUUUUAACAGCGAAUUCGGCAUGGAGGCAUUCCCGCACAUGGAGACAAUCAAAUCCUUUUCACGAAACCCGAAGGAUCAUUACCCUCAAUCUCAGGUCAUGGACUUCCACAACAAGGCGGAUGGCCACGAGAGGCGGAUAGCAACCUACUUGGUGGAGAAUUUCCGAUUUUCACAGGGCGGAAGUCUCGAGGCACACAUCUACCAAACUCAAGCUGUACAGGCAGAGACAAUGAUGUUUGGGUAUCGGGGCUGGCGGCGCCAGUGGGGCGAUGAACGGCACUGUGGAGGAGCCCUUCUCUGGCAGCUCAAUGACUGCUGGCCGACUAUUUCCUGGGCCAUCGUGGAUUAUUUCCUCAGACCAAAACCUGCAUAUUAUGCGGUCAAGCGGGUGCUCAACCCUAUUGCUGUAGGCGUACAACGCGAGCAUCAUGAUUGGAGUGUGGUUCAUGCCCAGCCGGCGCUGACUAGUCAGUAUGAAUUAUGGGUCGUCAGUAACAAGUCCGAGAAUGUCCGUGGGACAGUGGAGCUGCGAUUUAUCUCCAUUGAGACUGGAAAAGAGAUACGCCCCCCAGUGGUCCGUCGGGAUGUUCUGAUUGCAGGUAAUGGCACCACAAAUAUCAUCACGGACGGGAUCAUCGAUCAUGUUGCAGAGUCGGACCCUCAUGUUCUGGCUGCACGAGUGUGGGUGAACGACGAACUGGUAGCCCGGGAUGUUGACUGGCCACAGCCUUUCAAAUACAUUGAUCUUCCAACACCGCUCAUUGAGAUCAAACCCCUGAGCCCGAUAUCCAACACGGAUAAAAUUCGGACCGUGACAAUUGCGGCCCUGAAACCAGUGAAAUGCCUUGUCUUCGAGGAGCAAGACGGAAUCAAAUAUAGUGAUAACGCACUGGACCUUGUUCCUGGUGAUAUACAACAGGUGACUAUAUCGGGGUUCUCGAAGGACAUAUCGAACCUGAUAUACAGGUACCUGGGACACGAGGAAUCUACUCAGAGUGUGUCAAUCUAG